AUCCCAGCAAGCAGUUCGUGGCGUGAGGGCGCAGGAGGAGGAGCUCAGAGCCGUUGGGCCCCGCGGAGCCAGGCAGCGGCAGCGGCAGCACCCGGCGGGGGUGACCAUGGGGAAGCGUUACUUCUGCGACUACUGCGACCGCUCCUUCCAGGACAACCUCCACAACCGCAAGAAGCACCUGAACGGGCUGCAGCACCUCAAGGCCAAGAAGCUCUGGUACGACAUGUUCCGAGAUGCAGCUGCCAUCUUGCUGGAUGAACAGAACAAGCGGCCCUGCAGGAAGUUUCUACUGACAGGCCAGUGCGACUUUGGCUCCAACUGCAGAUUUUCCCACAUGUCAGAGCGAGACCUGCAGGAGCUGAGUAUGCAGGUGGAGGAGGAGAGGCGGGCCACGGAGUGGCCACUAGACGUCACCGAGCUCCCUGAGGUCCACGUGGACGACUGGCUGGAGAAGAGAGCCCAGCGGCUGAGCUCGGCCCCAAGCAGCAGGGCUGAACCCAUCAGAGCCACCGUCUUCCAGUACCCGGUGGGCUGGCCACCAGUCCAGGAGCUUCCUCCAUCCCUGCGGGCACCCCCGCCUGGGGGCUGGCCCCUGCAGCCCAGCGUCCAGUGGGGCUGAGUCCCUUAUCCCUGCCUAGUCAGCCCUCCAAUCAGCCACAAUCAAGAUAAGGGCUUGUACGGGGGACACCCAGGCCCCCUCCUGCUGCACCCCAUGGAGCAUCUGAAACUAAAGACUGGGCCUGGCCUGGCCUCUCUGAGGCCUAAGCGUCCUCCCCAACCAGGUGCAGCCCUGGUCCUGGCUCUGAGCCAGGCAGCUCCACCACCCCCACCCCAACGGGACAUCUUGAGAAGACUUCCUUCCAGAUGUUUAUAAAGAAAGUCUGUCACCA